AUGAAACCAAUUAAAGCUUUAACUACAAACCCAUAUAAGCCUUUCUUUGUCAGUCCUUCAAAAUUAACACCAAAUGUGAAAUGGGUCUAUCAGUUUCGGCCAUCUGGUGUCCGAUUUCCGGUGUCUAUGACCACCAGCUCUACACACAGUACCCCAUCAUCAGCUCCGGCAAUUGCGUCGGAUGUUGGGUCCGGUGCGUUUCAUGAUUCGACGGGAAAAAUAUAUAAAAUAGAGGAAAAAAUAGAGAAGGUAAUUUAUGGGUGCCGUUUCCUGACGAUUCUCGCUGUUUGGGGUUCUUUGGUUGGAUCGUUCCUGUGUUUUAUCAAGGGUUGCACUUAUGUUGUAGCAUCCUACCAAGGAUAUUUGGCGAACCGAGCAAAGGUGAUUAUGUUGCUGGUUGAGGCCAUUGAUGUCUAUCUUCUAGGAACAGUGAUGCUGGUCUUUGGCAUGGGUCUCUACGAGCUCUUUAUCAGCAAUCUUGACAUUGCAAAGUUACUGUCAGAGGAAAAAAUACCGUACAGAUCAACUUUAUUCGGUUUAUUCCCUUUAAAGGAACGGCCAAGAUGGUUAGAGAUAAAAUCCGUCAAUGAGCUGAAAACCAAACUUGGCCAUGUAAUAGUGAUGCUUCUUCUUAUUGGCUUGUUUGAAAAGAGUAAAAAGGCAGCCAUUCAGUCACCUUUGGAUUUACUUUGCUUUUCAGCUACUAUACUUCUGUCCUCUGGUUGCCUUUAUCUACUGUCAAAGCUCAAUGGCUCAAAAUAA